GAAGAAGAAGAAGAGAUUCAGCAUCUUCGCGAAUAAACAUUAGAGUGACUCAGAUCUAAAAUCGAAAUAAGGGAACAUAACAUUAAAUAGUGCUAUAUUCCUGCCAAUUUUUUUUUUAAAUAUUUUCUUAACUAAUUAAAUAUAAUGGAGCAAAAAAUUUUGGACCUUUCCAGUUCCUGUCGUUUGUGUUUGACCUCCUGCGCGGAAAUGUCUGUUGAAUUGAACAGAGACGGAUUAGUAAUGCAACUAGAACUUUUGUUCAAUCAAUCCUUUGAAAUCAAUAGCUUACUCCCAAAAAUCGUAUGCCAUGAGUGCGUAGAGCUGGUUGACCAGAUAACAAAAUUUUCGAGAAAAGUUCGAAAAAAUCAGGAAUAUUUGAAUUCAUUGGAGGUAUCGAAAGAAUGCAAUGAGACUAAAAAACUUGAUUCGAAUGAUGAACCUGCAGUGAACACAAUAAGGAACCAUGAUGACAAAUAUGCCGGAGAAUCUGAAAAUACCCGGGACGAGAAUGAAUACGGUGAUAUUCGGCAAUCGCCACGUAAAACUCGAAAGAGUCUUGCAAAAUCAAAACGUAAAGUAGACCGAGGAAAUCGUACCAAAGAAGAUGAACUUAUCCAGAAGUAUUACAAAUUUCAAUGUGAUAUUUGUGCUACUGACAUGGCGACCUAUGCCGAAUUGUUAAUUCAUUUUCGUGAACAUCACAACACAUCGGGCUACAUCAAAUGUUGCAACAAGAAACUUUUCAGGCGUUGUCGUCUUCUAGACCAUAUUUCUAAGCAUCUCGAUCCAGGAACCUUUCAUUGUGCAAUCUGCGAUAGGAACUAUUCGUGCAAAGACAGCCUCGAAUUACACAAUAUGCAUCAACACUUGACAGAGGAUAAGAAGCCCUUCAAAUGUUCAAAAUGUUCGAAAUCAUUCGCCAAAGAUUACCAAUUAACCUGCCAUAUGGUUCUUCAUGUGAAGGUGGAAUGUCCCGAAUGUGGCAAAAUACUGUCCAACAGAAUAACGCUGAAAGACCAUAUGUCCAAAAUGCACAUAGAUCCUGAUCAGAAACGGCUUGUUUGCGACACUUGCGGAAAGGAAUUUCGUUCCAAGCAACCCUUCCAACGGCACGUGCUUCUACACAAAGGCAUUGAUCAAAACAGCCGUCAGCAGUGUCAGUUGUGCAAACGAUGGUUUGUUAAUAAGCUAGGCCUGAAACAGCAUAUUAAGAGCCAGCACACGGAAGCAGGGGAGAGUUUUGUAUGUGGUGUCUGUGGAAAGGUGUCUCCCAACAAGUAUGCACUCCAACAGCACCAACGAGUCGUGCACCCAGCGCAGCAGUAUGCGUGUGAGUUCUGUGAAAAAAAGUUCAAACGGGCGAUUUCGUUAAAGGAACAUCGAGCUACCCACAACGGAGCACCGCUUUAUUCGUGCAAGUUCUGUCCGCAGACGUUUUUUUCCAAUGCAAACAUGUAUACACAUCAGAAGAGGAUGCAUGCUAGUCAGUGGGAGCAGAGCAAACAGCUGAACAGCUAGUGACUAGUUCAGCUCGAUUAUAGGGUUGUCGCCUCCGGUGAGGCCUUCAUCCGGAGAUUUUUACUGACAUGGGAUAGAUUUUUAUAGAAGCUCGAGUAUACGUUGAAACCAGACCUACCUGUUGAGUUUAAAUAACUCGUUGAUGUACCAAUUGCCAAAAUUGACUCACAUUCACCGUUUAUAGCCUUGUUUUAACAAAGCAUAAUGUACACCACUGUUCUGAGCUUUUCUCAGCUGUAAAAUUUUUCGCGUUUCUAAACCGUUUUGAUGAUGUAUAUAGGUGUGAAACUUCAACUCCCCGGCUAACGACGAAAAAGGCAAGAAAACGGCAACGCCUGGGAAGCAUGCUGCGAUGUCUUCCGGAAUUGUUGCUGGGCGCAAAUUCAGUUAUUCAUCAUAACAGUCGCUAAAGAAGUUGCAACAAAAGAACGAAACUUUUCUCUCUGAUCAACAGUUAAUGGUCGCUGCAGGUGUCGCCAGUGUUAAAGCCAAAAGAACUCGUUUUAGUUUAGUUUUGUUGUUGUUGGAGACGAACCCCUGCGACCAGUAUUUAGUUAUAUUGUGGUAUUCAGUUCAGGUAAAAUUAUUGGUCGCCUCACUAGAACCGGAGAAAGUAGUGUAAAUAUCGGAGGCCCGGAGAUCGUCUCCAAAAAUCGGAGUCUCCGACAACUCCAAAAACCGGAGGGUGGCAACCCUAGUUGGAUACUUUCAUCAAGCAAAAAUAAGUCCAGAAUAAAAUAAUGUCAACUUUUCCUUUGGAAAUACAGCAACUAUAACCAAAAA